AUGGCGGCGACGGCGGUGGCGACGGGGACUGGGGCUGCGGCGGGGGCCGAGUCGUCCGGGGGCCCUGCGGGGCCGGCGGCGGCGCUGGAGCUGUGGCUCAACAAAGCCACAGACCCAAGCGUGUCAGAACAGGAUUGGUCGGCCAUCCAGAACUUCUGUGAGCAGGUCAACACCGACCCCAAUGGGCCGACACACGCGCCCUGGCUGCUGGCCCACAAGAUCCAGUCUCCGCAAGAGCGGGAAGCACUCUCUGCCUUAACGGUACUGGAGAUGUGCAUGAACCACUGCGGAGAGAAGUUCCACAACGAGGUGGCCAAGUUCCGCUUCCUGAAUGAGCUGAUCAAGGUGUUGUCCCCAAAGUACCUCGGGUCCUGGGCCACAGAAAAGGUUAAAGGAAGAGUCAUCGAAAUACUCUUCAGUUGGACAGUCUGGUUUCCAGAAGAUAUCAAGAUCCGAGAUGCUUACCAGAUGCUCAAGAAGCAAGGGAUCAUCAAGCAAGACCCCAAACUGCCAGUGGAUAAAAUCUUACCCCCACCUUCGCCUUGGCCCAAGAGCUCCAUCUUCGACAAUGAUGAAGAGAAGUCGAAGCUCCUGACCAGGCUUCUGAAGAGCAACCACCCCGAGGACCUGCAGGCUGCCAACCGGCUCAUCAAGAACCUGGUCAAGGAGGAGCAGGAGAAAUCGGAGAAGGUGUCGCGGAGAGUGAGCGCGGUGGAGGAGGUGCGAAGCCACGUGAAGGUGCUGCAGGAGAUGCUGAGCGUGUACCGCAGGCCGGGGCAGGCCCCGCCCGACCACGAAGCCCUGCAGGUCGUGUACGAACGCUGUGAGAAGCUGCGGCCUACGCUGUUCCGGCUGGCGAGCGACACCACUGAUGACGACGACGCCCUCGCGGAGAUCCUGCAGGCGAAUGAUCUGCUCACGCAGGGAGUUCUGCUGUACAAACAGGUGAUGGAGGGCCGCGUCACCUUCGGGAACACAGUGACCAGCUCACUGGGAGACAUUCCUGUCUCCAGAGUCUUUCAGAACCCAACAGGCUGCCUGAAGAACUGCCCCCUGAUCGACCUGGAGGGGGACGGCGGGUCUGAGCAGGCUGGCACUGUGGCACCAUCUCUGCUUCACCAGGACCUGGCCGCCUUAGGAAUUGGCGACCCUCCUGUUGGGAGCAAGGCUGCCGGUCAGCCCUGCUGUGAGGAACGGAGGAACCCCACUGGCGGUGGCGCUCGGAGCCCCUCUGCAGACGGGAACUUGCUGGAUCUCCUCUCAGGCCAGCCGGCUCCGGCUCCGGGACCACGGAGUUACGUUCCACAGAAAAGCAUCCCCAAGGAGGUCCCAGCAGGCACGAAGUCCUCUCCGGGUUGGUCCUGGGAGGCCGGCCCCUUGGCUGCUUCCCCGUCCUCGCAGAACACGCCUCUGGCUCAAGUGUUUGUUCCUCUGGAGGCGGUCAAGCCCAGCAGCCUGCCUCCUCUUAUCGUCUAUGACCGGAACGGAUUCAGAAUUCUGCUCCACUUCUCGCAGACCGGGGCCCCCGGGCACCCGGAGGUGCAGGUGUUGCUGCUGACCAUGAUGAGCACUGCCACGCAGCCUGUCUGGGACAUCAUGUUUCAGGUGGCUGUGCCGAAGUCGAUGAGAGUGAAGCUGCAGCCGGCGUCCAGCUCCAAGCUUCCUGCGUUCAGUCCCUUGAUGCCUCCAGCCGUGAUUUCUCAGAUGCUGCUGCUCGACAACCCACACAAGGAACCCAUCCGGCUACGGUACAAGCUGACAUUCAACCAGGGUGGACAGCCUUUCAGCGAAGUAGGCGAAGUGAAAGACUUCCCGGACCCGGCUGUCCUGGGCACAGCCUAACCCGGCGCAGGACGGGCCCUGGCGUCCAGCGCGGGCCGCUGCUGCACUUGCUGUCUGGACGGGACCCUCACCGUGACUUAGUGCAGAGUGCCAAGAGUUCUCUCCUGACGUCGGGCUCUGAAUGUCAGCCUUUGACUUAGUUCUGCAGAUACUGUGUGCGUGUGCCUGCGUGCGUGCGUGCGUAUGUGUGUUACUGGGACUGGGGGGAGGGUAGAGCAGGGCUUGGGAUGUGGGCAGUGUGGGGAAAUGCCACAGCAUUUCUGAUAACCAUCUCUGCUGCAAUCAUACGUGUUUCUGCGUGUUCAUGGACACGGCUGUCCCUGCCUCAGGUGGGAGGCUUUAUAAGCCAAAGUUCUUUUCCACGGAUUGUUACCUUCCCAUUCAUCCACUGUGUGCCUUGUCAGCCUUCGCAAGUCUUGGUUGCUCCCAGGCUGCUGUUCUCAGGGACCUCAGAAGGGACCUGGUUGGUCUUGGGGCAGAGAGGACCUCCUGGGACACUCUCUUCCAAGAAAGGCCUUGUCUCCAUUUCCAUCAGCGGUUGCUGCUUGCACGUGUCCAGGAAGGUCUUGGAAAUGGAAUGCUUGUUGCACUGUGUCCAGGCGAGGGGCUGCCGCGAGACCAGAGGACCACACUGGGUGGGCCAAUCACGUCCUUUACCACUGUGCCUUAGAAUCGCCCCUGGAUGGACCCCUCUGGGGCAGAGGGGAGAGCAGACCCCAGGCCUGCCCCAGGUUCCGUGGGCUGGGCAGCCUAUCUGGGCCCUUCCUCAGGACCCUCGUCUCCGUCCUCAUCUUCCUCGUCCACAGGCAUUUCCCCAGAGGUCUCUGUGCCGUCACCUUAGUCCUUGGAAACCCUAGCUAACGGGCCUGCCCCUGCUGUUGCCUUCGCCCUCCGAGGCAGGGAGUGGUGAUGCAGAGAGGUCAGAGGUGAGCUUGGCAAGGACCCAAGUGGCCACCAAACACAGGGAGACCCUGAAUAAACUCCAGGUAGCAGAUGUGCCUCGUGGAGUGCUGAGUAACCAGACACGCAGUGCCACCUGGCACUCAGCGGCGGUGACAGAGCUGGAGGACCAUCCUCCGCUGAGCAGGGAGCAAAGUUCAUGGAGGACAGAGGCCCCUACCUGCCUCGGCGGAGAGAAGCCCCGAAGAGCUGAGACCCGGAUGUUUGUUACUUGUGCAGUCUGAAGGGGAAACUCGGGCUUAGAGUCACUGCUCGGUGGACAGCUGCCGUGUGCUGGGAACUUCGAGGUGCAGGUUUCACAAGUCCUGCCUGGCCCGAUCCGGGGGAGACGGAGCCCCGCCCUGGCUGAGGUGGCUGCGCGGGGGCCGUCCGAGGGCCGAGCGGCUGGCUGGGCAGGACUCUACCUCAGGAACAGCAAGGCUCCUUUGGGAGUUGUCGCCGCAAGCUCCGGUACUUCCGCAGUCUCACCUUCGACCUCCACGUGUACUUGGCAAUCCGCUACCACUAAGGGGCGAUGGGAGCUGUCAAAGAGUAAGGUAUGCUAAUUUUUCAGCAAAUGUGAAAACCGUAAAAGAGAUGAGUGAUGGGGUGAUUCUUCAUUUAGCUUAAUUCACACGAGAUUCAUUUCAAUCUGAAAUUCUCAUAUGCUCAAGUCCCGCGUGGCUUUUGUAGCUUCUGUAGCUGUUACACGAAGUCUCUAAGAGGCACCCGAUAUACCAACAGUGUCUGCCUACGAAGAGCAAGAGUUGCACGUGGAAGGAGAGGCCAGCUUUCCUGCAGCUGAGCGGUGACCUCACCUAUGUGUGCCUGAACCUUCUGUUUUCCAGGACACACACCCCCAGUGGCACUGUGCUUGGGUGGAUGUGAGUGGGCGUGGAAGAGGAAGACGGGGGUCCUGAAAUGGCCCUGGUUUAUGUCAUCAGUGCUUUCUAAUUGCCAAGUUGAGUGACCACCUAGAGCCCGGUCCUUAUCCGUUACUGACCAGCUGCCCUGAGCCACAGAGCUCGCGGGUACAGGAGGGACCGAAGUCCCUGCCCUUGGGGGAGAGACGAGCUCAUCCACAUGUCUGCUGGGGACUUGCAUGGAGGCCAGGGUUUCCCCUACCCCGAGCUCUGCUGGGAUCCUGUUCGUUAUUUCUUGGCCUGCCUCUGUGUCUGCUCCUCAUCCUUUGCCCGUGUAACGUGGUGGAUCCCCAGCGGCCUAGAGGCUUUGCUAAGUCUACCCACUGAGGCCUGACGGUGAAGCCCCCCCGGACCACAGGUGGAUCCUAGACGCCGAUCUGGAGCUUGCGACUCCUCGCUGAUACCCAGUCCGUGUUUCAGACUCUCAGUGGAUACCUUUCAUCUGGAGGGGGUGCCACGGCUGCUUCAGAUUGUAAAUCCUCCUCCUCCCUCCUGUUCUCAUUUGGGAGCAUCUCAGACUUGGUGGGUCCUUGAUUCCUGCUUUGCCUGUGUCCCCUGGGCAGUGUUGUCUCAUGUAGUCUGUCUUCUGGAUACUGCCACACCCUGCCCUCCCUCCUGUUCCCAUCGCCACCGCCCUGCGUGGGGCUUUUGUUAUUUUUUGACCGUGCAGUAGCCUGCCUCCCCGUGCCGGGUCAUACUUGCUGCUACCAGAAUUCUCUAGCAAAUCUGAGCCCUCAAUCUGCUGGAAAAUCCCGAGUGAUUCCCUGAUGCCUGUGGGGUCAAGUGCAAAUCAUUCAUACCGGCAUUCAGUGCUCUCUGGUGUCACCUGCCAAGGAUAGGACGCACCUUGCCACAGCCACAAUAAAGUUCUUUCAAGCUUUGGUAA